CGUGGGUGGGACUCGGGUCGAUCGUCUAACAGCUGUUCGAUCUGUUCCAAACCAAGCACUGAUACAAAAUGUCAUUUCUAUUUCAACAAACUCCCUUCAAUAAUCCUCUCUUCACAAAAGUGCGAAACCCCUAAAAAGUUGAAAAACAAACAAACCACUGCCCUUCAGAGUGACAGUUAUAGGUUAGGAAUCGUAAGGAAACUGAAAAGCUGAAAAUCACUGUUUUCCGCGAAUGUCAAUCGUUCUUCAGACGCCGCAUUGUAAUCAACUCAUAAAUAAAUUUCUCAAGUUUUAUUACGUAUUCAAUGACUAGAUAAGAAUUGUUCCUAUCAGGUACACAGUCACUAAUCGGCUUUUGAAAACGUCUUUUUUAUCAGUGUCUCAGCGCUCAUUAACCUCUGUGAACUACAUAUUGGGAUGGAAUUUUGAUAAUUCUAAAUCCGGGUAUUUCAUUACUUUCUCUCGGACUCGGUCAAUUUUCUCAUUCGACAAACGUCGUUUGAGCAGUGUCUAGAAAUUUCGAACCGCUGGAAAUUUCAAAUGUCGUCCGAUGAUGAUUUUGAGAGACCCUUCGAGGAUUUGGAACCGCCGCAAUGGGCAGCUUUGAGGGAAUUGUGCCAAGCUAAUGUGUCUUUUUUUGCAUCGGACCAGGACGAAUGUAGUGUCAGGAUUAAAAGUGCUCUCGUCGCCUGUCUAGAUUACUUGGGGCAAUUAUUCCCAAUCUACCGGGACAUCGCCAAAAUUGCCCCACUUUUCGAUUUUAAUCCAGAAACGCCCGGAAAUGGAUACAGGAGUUUUUUGGUCAUUGUGGAUAAAUGCAUUCUUUAUACCGGAAAUGUGUGUCGACGAAUACUCUGCCAAAGGGAUUCGAUGCUUUUUUCCAAAAAUUUUUACAUGAAAGAAAUCGAGGUUUGCGCUCAACUUUUAGCCUCACUAUUUACUUGCCUGCAACAUUUACGUACUCUCUACUCCUGGAGUCAAGGAAAUGGAAAGGAACCUUCUUUAUUCUCAAAUCACAGCCCUCAGGAACUUUUGAAUCAAGCAGAAGCUGUCAAUCAGUAUUGUUUUUAUGGACGGGCCAUAGGAUUUCAGUUUUGUGAUAGUAUGCAACUGACUUUAAGGACAAUAUCGUUAUGUAUGGCAGCAUUUAGCGAGGCUUUUUUCUCGAACGGCACAGUCUUAGGAAGAUGUGCUAAUUCCAUAAAAUAUGUAUCAGAUCCUGAAGCAAAAGCCCGUCGCAUUGUCAAUGUAUCUCAACGUGCCGACAUCUCUUUUUGUAAAGCGUUCUGGUUGCUCAACGAAUCUGGCAUUGCACAGAUUUACCCAUCGAUGGUCAUGCCAACAUUAGCGAUUAAUCAAAUGAUAUCCAUACCGCCUGAAGAAAUUAAGCUUGCAACAUUGGACAAUAAUUCAGUUGUUGUUCCUACUCCCACUAGUCAUAUAGGGAAAAAACCGAUUCAUGUCAGGUUGAUGAGCGCCAAACGGAGGAUGGGAAUGGUUUUAUCGGGAGAUUCAGCGGGCGCCAACUUAAGUUUAGGAACGACCCUACGAUGUUUUGAAUUAAACAUUCGAAGACCAGAUGGAAUUUUUAUGGCUUACGCUCCCGUUUGGGUUGAAUUUGUUGCUUCUCCAGCUCGUUUGCUUUGUCUCACAGACCCUUUGUUGCCAUUUGGUUUCAUGAUGAGAUGUUUGAAGGCCUAUGCAGCAGGAAAUCCAAAAAAAUUAUCAGCGGAAAAUUUGGAAGAUGAUGAAAAUUUAAAAUCCGAAACGGAAUCUUUUGCGGAAAUUAGUGAAAGUGAUCUGAUCGCUCUUGCUCUGAGUCCUAAUGGAGAUGACGAUGGCCCAAAAAUUGCAUCUCUACCUUCCGACUCUACUUUGAACUCCGUCAGUUUAGCUGAUGUUGAUGGUGCUCAAGGACCCGAAGUUCCAGAAGAGAAAGAAGCAAAGUCCCAAGAAUACAUAACGAGGUUUUUAAACCUCUACAAAAAUUCCAGUCUGCGUUCUUCUUUUCCCGUUUUAAAUGGCAACAAAGAUAAGGACAAUGAGGAGUCAAAAUCAAAAUCCUGGUCUCUCUUUGGAUGGAACAGUACAAAAACCAACGGGGAAACGUUCAAUGAAGAAGAAAUUAAUCCACUCGAGGAAUUUGUAUUCAGUGUGCCUCGAGAUCCUCUAUUGAGUCCUUAUCUUGCAUCCGAUAAUCUCCUCAGAAAAUUUCCACCCGUGAAAAUUCUGACUGUAGAAUUGGAUCCUUGUCUCGACGACUGUGUAAUGUUUGCAAAAAAGCUCAAGAAUCUCGGAAAUUCAAUCACUCUCGACAUAAUUCCUGGCCUCCCUCAUGGAUUUUUAAAUUUUUGUUUGGUGAGCAAAGAAGCAGGCGAAGGUUCAGAACUAUGCGUGAAGAGAAUACGCGAGCUGAUGGAAAUGUCUCUUUUAAAUUCUUAAAUCAGCGCCUAUUUUUUCAACGAAAAUAGGGAGGAGAAAAAAAAAGAUCUGCAUUUCGCCGUCGAUGAAUCCAUCCACUUAAAUUGCAGUACCCAAACUUAAGAAUUUCUAACUUAAAAAGGAAAGUCCUUAUAUUUAUAAUAAAUUUAUCUCGACUGCUGAUGCAGGGGUGAGAAAUUGAUAUUCUAUAUUUACGUGUGUGAGUAUGUAAAUGUGUGUUAAAUGGUUCCGGAAUUACAUCACAGU